AUGAAGGUGGCGUUGAGCACCGCAAUGAUGACAGCGGCCUUUUCCGUGGCUUACGCGGCAGACACUUGUGACCAGUGGGGUCAGAUCAAGUCGACUAAGUUCACUAUCUACAACAAUCUGUGGGGAUCUAGUGCGGCCACUGGAGGCGGGAAGCAGUGUACCGGACUGGAUAGCGGCUCCGGAGACACCGUCGCAUGGCACACAGUGUGGUCGUGGAUGGGCGGCAACACAAGCGUCAAGUCAUACGCCAAUGCCGCGCUGACUUUCGACGCCGUCCCUCUGACAGAAGUGGACUCCAUUCCGUCGUCCAUUGAGUUCGAGGUCAAGUACAGCGGGGAAGCCGUGGCCAACGUCGCCUACGACUUGUUUACCAGCUCGACAGCUGAAGGCGAGAAGGAGUUCGAGAUCAUGAUUUGGAUGGCUGCCAUCGGUGGCGCUGGCCCCAUCUCGAGCACGGGCAAGCCGAUCGAUACAACCAAAAUUGCCGGCGUUGAGUGGAGUGUCUUCAGCGGACCCAAUGGGCAAAUGAUGGUGUACUCGUUCGUUGCGUCCAAGCCGAGCAACAACUUUGAAGGUGACCUCAUGGAGUUCUUCGACUACCUGGCGAAAAGCCAGAAAUUCAAGCUGAGCCAGUAUCUGAUCAAGGUGGAGUGUGGUACGGAGCCGUUCAUCGGCAAGGACGUGUCCCUGAAGGUAUCGAAAUACUCGACCGUUGUGAAGACGGGCAAAGGCGGCUCGUCUACACCUGCUGACUCAAGCGCCGAGAGCGAUGAUGAUGUCACCCAAACGGACCCUACUUCCAGCUCGGACAACGAAGUGGGGGAUGAAGCUGAAGCGGGUGAUGAUUUACUCAGUGCUUCAGGGGGUACUCCGUCUUCGGAUGAUAAGGCCACGAAAGCGUCCCCAGAUGACGAGACUGCCGAGCCCGGUGCGGAAGUGGAAACGGAAGGAGAAGAAGAGAAGGAAGAGACAGCAGACUUGGAGCCCGAGUCGUCUGCUGGCAAAGAGGAGCCCGAUUCUACUCCGGCCGAUGAGACCUCUGCCACGAUAGCCAUUCCGACAAUAAAGUCCAAGUGCACCCUACGCCGCAACUAA